AUCUCAUUUUUAUUGCAACUUGAUCAAAUUCUAGUUUCAAAUCUGUCGAUUGUUAUUAUUAUCGUCAUGAAGAAUGUUAAUGAUAAUGUUUCAAUAAAUAAUGAAACUAAAAAUGGCUCUAAUGCAUUGAUUAAUAUUAUCACUAAACCGGAUAAUGUUGAAGAGGUUGCAUCCCUUUUAGAGUCAUACUUCGAAGGAAUCACUAGUCAAAACACAACAACUCAAACAAAUGAUUCACAAGUUUAUCAGAAAUCAACCGUCGUAAAUACACCUAUCGAAAAUGAACCAAUUGAGUUUACAUUACAAGAAGAUCUCGCUCUAAAUGGCCGUAACUUUGAAAACGAGUUAGCAGUUGAGGAGGAACCAAUAGAUUCUAAUUCAAUAUCUGAAUGGUCUCUUAAUGUAGGGGAACCAACGGAGUUAAUUGUUGUGAAACAAUUUGCUGAAUCAUUUGCAGCCGCGUUUGAAAAUGAAAUUGCAGAAAUAACAAACACUCCUUCGAGUUCGAAGAAACUCACAAAAACUCAAUAUCGCGAAAUCGCAGAAAAAUGCAGCGUUCAAGAAUGUUUAAAAUUAUCUAGUCAAUUCUUUGCAGACCCAACUUUAUUUAGUCUUCUUCGGCAAUAUUAUUCAAUUGAUGGUAACAAAGCGCAGAAUGGAGCGAAUUCUGGUUCUAUUACUUUACCUCUAUCAAGUACAGGAGAUACCGAAAGAAAUACAUCUCAGAAAAAAAACAAGAGCGGAGGUGUUGUAAGCCAUUCUCGGUCAUCGACAAGAAAAAGAAAGGCAGUUUCUGACGAGUGCAAUGUACAAGGAAAAGGCGGACAAGAAUCACCUCAAAGUAAUAAACGGAUUAAAUGCCAAAAUUGGAAGGAUGCUACACAAGAUUGUUCCAAUAGUGCCGCAUCUUCGUCACAGUCUGGAAUUUCAAAUACUAUUGUUCCAGUAGUACCAAUUUCUGCUAUCACUGCUGCUGCAUCCAGCUCAAAAGGUACAAAAACCCGCAAAGAUAUUGAUUCAAGUGAAAGACCAGAACCAUCAGCCAUGGAAAAGAGGUUUUGGGAAAUGGCAGCUUUAUUAGAUAAUUCUCCUUUGGCUAGUUUAAAUCCGAAAUAUCGAGCUUCGGCGCCAGCCAAGAAACGCAACGAUUUGAAUUAUGUUUCCUCAAUAACAAGUAAGAAGUCCGAUACUAUUAAGGAAAUUGAUACUAGUGGUAUUCCUGAAGUUGUCCUAUCCGUAGCAUUUUAUAAUCAAAGUAAUCCUUUAAACCGUUCACAGAACAACCCUCCAAGCCGUACCCAAGAAUUCUUAGUUCUUGGAAGCCAACCACUAACAGCACUGAGAGAUGCUUUUUAUUGUGUUAGUGACUUUUAUAAACAGGAAAUUUCUGAAUUACCUGCAUCAGUAAAUGCUUUGAAUUCACCUGAAGAGAAAAAAUCAGGUGGUUAUUUCUUCAUUGAAGACGUGUUUUACAAUGAUUGCAGAGAUAAAAAUGCAUUGGACUAUAGCAAGACAAUUGUUGAAUGGGUAAAUAAAAAUGAGCGUUACACUCAUCCAGGACUUGGAUUGUAUCAAAGAAAAAAUAUGGACGAAGUAACAUUUAGUGACCUUUCGAUAAGGUUAAAUCAACCUUAUCUCUUUGUUCAUAAAGGAGAUUGUGAACAUGCCAUAGUAUUCACAGAUUUGAGAUUAUGGCAUACAGCUGAUGGUCUUGAUGCAAACAUGUUCCCAAAGGCAAUAUUUAAAUGUAGGAUUAUCCGUCAUAAAUGUCGCAUGUGUAUUACACGGCCCGCAACACUUGUAUCAAUUAAUGAUUUUAUGGCUGGAGAGACUCCAGCCUAUUUUUGUGACAAAUGCUAUAAUGAGUAUCAUUAUGAUAGCAAUUCGAACCUAUUGUACGAUAAUUUUAAGGUAUUUCGCUAUGCUCAUGACUGAGAUUAGAACAUUAGAUUUGAGAACUUUGGGGUCUCUCGAUUUUCUGCUUCUUUGAAAACGUUCCAUAAGCAUAGUAUAAACAUUGAUAAAGUCAAUCAUUUAAACCAUCCUCUGUUACAACCUCCGGACAAAGCUGGCAGGUCUCGAACAUAAAUGAUAAAUCUGUCAAAAGUGUGCAAUAAAAUUUAUUAAAAAUGUAAUGUUAAAAUAAACGACCAAAUUAUUUGUAAAUUAACAUUUUACAUGUUAUUUAUAAGCAUUUUUAAAUCUUUAAGUAAACGUUUUUAUUAAUAUUAAAAUUUUAUUUGUUUCUUUGUUUCAAAUAAAUUUGUUUAUCUAGACUUAACUAAAAAGUUGAUAU